GCCGGGCGCGGGCGGCCAUGGCGGCGGGGCGGCUGCCGGCGCUGCUGCUGCUCCUCGCCCUGCUGCUGGGCGGCCCGGCCGGCCCCGCUGCUUGGGCAGCGCGGAGCCGCGGCGCCGAGAAGCAAAACACCCUUCGCCGCGCUGCCAGCGGGCUGUACCAGGGCAUCAGCGGCGUCUUCGGCGAGGACAACGUGCGGGCCCUGCAGAAGUUUUUCUCAAGGUUGACAGAGAGGUUUGUGAAUGGGGUGGAUAUAUUAAUGGAUACAUUCUGGAGAAUAUGGACUGAUUUGUUAGAUGUUCUUGGAAUCGACGCCUCCAACUUGACUCAUUAUUUCAGCCCAGCAGCAAUUGCCAACAACCCGACCCGGGCUCUUCUGCUGAUUGGUGCCAUUUUACUUGCCUAUUGGUUUUUAUCUCUCUUCCUUGGAUUCUUCUUCUAUCUCCUGCACAUGCUGUUUGGUCGCUUUUUCUGGAUUGCGAGGGUUGCCCUUUUCACUCUCUCGUGCGUGUACAUCCUCCAGAAGUAUGAAGGUGACCCAGAACACGCAGUCCUGCCUCUCUGCUUUGUUGUAGCAGUCUACUUCAUGACAGGGCCAGUUGGAUUUUACUGGAGAAGAAACAGCAACAGCAGCCUUGAGGAGAAGAUGGACCACCUCGAUAGUCAGAUCAGACUUCUGAACAUACGUCUUUCUCGGGUGAUUGAAAACCUGGACAGAGGCAGUGACCAAUGAACCGACCCCUAUAGACCACUGUACACCAGCUCUAGAAAAUUCCUAAGCACUGUCUCAUGCGAAGUUACAAAGCAACAAAACAUCACAUGGUAAAAAGUGCGUGAAGUUAUAACUUUUCAUCAUGUGUAAGACUAAUUUAUCUAGAUUAUACACUCAGCCAUUAUACUUGUAGUAAAAAAAAAUCACAUUUAAAAAAUUCAGCUGUAUAUUCAGAGAGUUUUAUCCAGUACUAGACUUUUCUCAGUAGAUAAACGCUUACUUUUACAAGCAUUUAAAAACAUCUUUUGUAAAGUUUUUAUAAAAACAAAUUGAGUAGUCUUUCAAAUAUUGAAAUUGAGUUAAACAUAUGCAAAUUUGACACUUAAAAAGUUAAAAAGAAAAAAAAAAAUCUUAAGCUACCAAACACUUCCAUUGAGAAGUAACUGCUGUGGGUCCGCAUAUUUUUUUCAAAGUUGCAAAUGUUUUUGUUUUAUUGUUGGCUUAUUUUAUUGCCUUGAAGUUGCCUUUCAUAGAGUAUCAGAUGAGGAAUUUUCUGGUAUCCAGGCCAAAAAAUUCACACCAUAGCUUUUAAUAGGAGGUGGGGAAUAAGGAAUAAGGAAGAUUUCAUAAAUUUGAAGUCCUUAAAUGCCAGUCCAAGAUGAGGAAUUGAGAAGUGCACGUGUGGCAUUAUUUCAUUGCAUUUCAUCUCGAGAACUUUAAUUUGGUGUCUCAAAAGAAAUCUGUUUUAAUAACUUGACACAAAAGGAAGAGAUGUAGCGUGGCAAAUUGUAAUUCAUAUUUGAUCUUCACAGUGAAGCAUUUUCCAAGCAUAAGUGCAUAGAAUAAAACAUGAUUUUUAAUCUCAGGACCCACAUACUUUCUCAAAAAAGGCAGCAGUUAAAACACUUGCAAAUGUAUUGUUGCUUAAAGCUUUCUCAGGACCAAUAAGCGGCAAUAAAUUAUCUUCAGGAAGAUCUGGAUUUUUUUCUAAAAUUGUAAUAGUUUUAUAGGAGCUUUUUGCUUGAAGUCUGUGUCCUCACUAUAUUGAGUUUUGGGGAAAGUGAGCCACCUUAUGAGAAGGGUGUAUUAAACAGUCACAUUUUCAAGUGAUGUAGGAGCUUUGAAGCAGUUUUGGAGGAUUCUAUUUAUUUGUAACCUUAGAAUUAACUAGCUUGGUAGACUACGCAUUGAAACAAAGGUAACCUCAGGGAAGAAAGUCCGGUAAGUGGUUUAACCCGGUCAGCUAAGCAUUCGAGGUUAUAAAUGGGGGGAGGGAGGGGAAGCACCUGAACCGGAGUGAUGAGCACAGUGUCGAAGCCACGGGAGGUGAAUUGGAGCACAGCUGGAGAACUGUGUAUUCCAGAAUGUCUAAGCGAACAAAUCAAAAACACCACAAAAAUCGGUCUGUGGCAGGGCCUGGCUGCAGGGGGAGGGAACAAGUGGGAAUAGUGACCAUGGUGCUACCGCUGCGCCUGCGAGCGCCGGCUCUGGCGGGACUGGCCAGGGCUGCUGGGCACAGCUGGGCACUUGCUCUUCGGCUGCUCCUUCCACUGGGCAGGGCUUUGCUUGGAUGUGACGCUGAACUGAAUGUAACUGAAUGUGGGGUGAAUUUCUUUUUCUCUUUAUGCUGAAGUUUAAUACUCUUCUUGAAAUGUGUGUUACUUGCCUAACCUCUGGGUUGUAUGUGACAUUUACACGAGGGAUUAUUUUAAAAUCCAUGUUAAUGGCCUUUAUUCCAAACUGUGAUCACUUAAGUUCAACACGGUUGAAGUUCAUAUGCAGUUGGCACUGUUGUAAUCCGUUUUAAUUUUUUACGUCAUCUGUAAAACCCCCUGCACCCCUUUUUUCAAGAAAUACACAUUUAGAGUUGCAAAGUAACUGCUUUUGGUAACUUAAAAUCUUCCGCACGAACAGAUAAGUACUAUGGCAACAAAUAGUCCACUUUGUAAAGGUGAAAAUGUAAAUGACAGUUUAUUCCUUUUUAGGGCUUAUUUUCCAUAGUAUUACAGAGUCUUCCCUGUACACUCAGUUUUCCCUGCUGUUGCGCACAAAGGACUGGGCUGAAACACCAACCUGGAAAUUAUGAAUUGAUUAACAAAGCUUUGUCAGGUCUUUAUGCGUUUUGCUAAAUUUGAGGCCUGAGGACCAAAGUCUGCAAACCUCGCUCGUGUAAGUGGUUCCAUCGACUUCCGUAGGACUAUGUGCAUGAGUCAGUUUUGCAUAGAUUGUAUUUUCUGUAAUCCAUAUUUAACGUCAGAGGUAAAAAUAUGAAUCGUUUAUAUAUUAAGAGUUGUCUAUGAUAAAAUUUCUUUUAAAAUACUAUAUAAAAGCUAAUUUGGAUUAUAGUUUUCCCUGUCUUGCUCAGAUAAUUUAUCUUAGUUUUGUAAAAUCAGCCCUCCUGUAUUAAUACUCUUAAUUUUGAUCACCCUGCUGCUUGAAAAAAAGUAUUUUUAUAUUUACUUGCAUCCCAUGUAUAGCAAAAUGUUAUGUGAGAAGCGGUAUAUAUAAAAUUGGAUAUUUUUAAUCAGUAUUUUUCCCAGCACUCAGUUUUCAUGUUAGAUUCAGACGUAGUGAUUUUUUUUUAAAGCACAAUCUAAUCUUCGAGAUAUAUAUAUAUAUAUAUACACUCUUUAAAAAUGCUCUGUAUUUUUAAACAUGCACUGUAGUGAAAGCGCUUUCGGGACAUGAAUGUGGUAUUGUAUUUAAUCUCUUUCAACUUUUGUAAAUACCUUUUACAAAUAUUUUCCAUACCGAGCCAUCUAGCUUAUCCAUCGAGGUUUUUGCUCUGUUUUAUAGAAUUCGUUCCAGUGACGGCGGUCGCGCUGCUUUUCUAUUGCCACUGACAGGAGCAUCUGGUGCCCAUUCCCAGAGAUGGGCGGGUGGCGCUUCGUCACCCACGGAUAAACCCAGACCCAGAAUUUGCCAGACUCGCCCCGGGGUGGUGGCAGAAAUGGGGCCAAGCCCCAGCUCCCGUGGUUCCCAGCCUUUUUCUCUCACCCACCGUCUUGGUGGGUAGUGGCACCCGUGCUCCCCCGGCAUCGGGGCUCUUCCCUGCCACCUCCUGCACCCCCGGAACGGUUCCCCUGCACCCACUCUCCCCUUGGCCACCGCUGAGUGAGAAAACAUCGCCCUGACGUUCAGGUGGGCUCCAGUCUGCCCAGUAUCAGAAAUUCCAAUAGGGUCUGAAGCGUUUUCAACUUCGUACUUUAAGACCGAAUAUUUGAAACUCCUGUAGUAUUUUCAAGACAUUCAUGUUUUUGCAACGCUCACAUGGGUAGCAAUUUCUUUGAAAGUACACACCUCGCCUCUAGAUAAUUGAUCUGUUGUAUUCGGAAUGUAAAUGCUUUUAAAAGUGGUAUUGGGUGUCAGAGUACAAUGUAUCAAAUCUGGUGUAAUUCAGUGCUGUACUUAAUAGUGCGUCCUUAAAAUUGUGAUUUGCUUUUAAAGACUUGUUGCAUCGUUUGUGUGGAAAAUAGACCAGUAUCAACCUUAGCUCUUUGCUGGCGUAGAAUUUUUUUAAGUGUGAUUUGCCUCACGUACUGAUCUGUAUUUGGCAGCUAAUGAUGUAAAUGACCAUAAGUUCUCUUUGUCGGGGAAAAUAAAAGGUUUUAUUGUGUCCGCAUGUAUUUUAAACUUUUGGAUAACUCCAUUGAACUGUGAUGACGGCACAUUUAAGAAUUGAUCUUUUCCUUUUGAUCAGAAAUGGUAUUUGCUAUGGUAGCACUCGUUAUCGGCACUGAUGUUGGUGAUUUCACAUCCUGUUUUGUACAUCAGAUUUCAAGAUUAUAGUGUUUCAGUUUGUACAAUUAUGUUUAUGUAAAAAAACAAUUUGGUCUGAAGAGAUGCUGUAUGUAUACUUUUGGCAUAUGAUCCAUAGGGAAAUAUUAGAUUCUACUGAUAAUGGUGUUAAGUAGUUACAAAUAUAUCAGACUUAUUUUUUACAGAGCUACACCUGCCUUUAUUUAUUACUUAUCUGACCACCCAAUCAAUGUACUAGGUAGUUAAGUAUUUGUAGACGACUUUCACAAAACUAUGGUAUUGUGACAAAGCUUAAAAUAAAUGUUUACUGAACCUUU